AUGCGUACAAAUAUUGAGCCCCGUUUAAUGUCCUUCCUUAAUAACAAUAACGACACGCCUGAAUCCCUCCCAAACUCUCCAUCAUUAGAACUUCCUCCAUUACAUGAUCGAAAUAUCCUACAGAAUUCCCACCGGCCACUUCUUUUGGAACCCAAUACUGGAACACGAUCCGGUGAAUCAUCGUCACAAGCAUCGCAGCAUUCGUCAUCUGUUACUCCAAUUGACGACAAUGAAACCAAUUAUCGGGACGCUGAAGAGGCUUUGAGGAUAGGAAAGGUGAGCUCUGGAAAGGAAAUUGGUGCCAUGGAGCGGACUUUGGGUACUUCCUCUCCACAAUCUUUGCGAAAGAUUCUAGAUGAUAAUAAUGGCAACGCAAGACCCGUACACCCCAAGAAGCAGCAACGGGGAGAGAAUGGAAACGAUGAUUUUGUUCAACUGCCCCGGCCGCACAAGAAACAAAGGUCAAACAAACAAGUGGUACCGCCUAUUAUCAUUGGCUUGCACGAGCCGCCCCCGCAGGCUGCCUUAUUUCCUCCGAUCGCAUCGAGCUCAUUUCAUGAUAGCCACGGGAGAAGUAGCUUGAAUGCUUUGGCUCCAAAGGCUACGGAAUCGAAAGAGGAUUGUAAGGCGGACGAUGAAGUUAUACCAGCGACCGAAGAGACAUUGGAACGGAACGGAAAUAAGAAGAAGAGGAGAAAGAGCGUCAAGGCGAGGAACAAGUGGUCCGAAGACGAGACGAACAAUCUGCUACUCGGUGUGCAUAAGUAUGGCGUGGGAAAAUGGACGGAGAUCUUAGAAGAUCCCAGUUUCGUAUUUAACAAUAGAUCAGGAGUGGAUUUGAAGGAUCGAUUUAGAACUUGUUGCCCAGAUGAGUUGAGGGGAGAAAGUCACAAUUCAAGGAGCCACAAGAUCGGGUCAAAGUCAGAUAAUACAGCGGACCUGUCAAGAACAGAAAUGGGAUUCAAGGGCCGUUUAAACAGUCAGAACGGAGAGGAAGACGCCCUUUUUCCAACCAAGAAGAUCUUGAAAUUGAAGAAGGCUAUCGUCUUUAUGGGCCUGCUUGGACAAGGAUGCAGAGAGAUCCUCACAUACCAUGGAGCCUACAGAUAG